AUGGCAUCCCAACUCUGGCUCAUCACCGGCGCCUCUUCCGGCUUUGGCGCACUCAUGGCCGAACAAGCUCUCCAAGCAGGCCAUCGUGUCAUUGCCACAGCGCGUAACCCUACCAAAGCCGCCAAGGACUAUCCCCAGGUCGUGUCAUUGGGCGGGAAGUGGCUGGAGCUGGACGUGGCGAAGCCAGAGACGAAGGAGAUUGUCGAACAAGCCAUCCGCGACAACGGCGGCCGAAUUGAUGUUGCCAUCAACAAUGCGGGAUAUGGGUUGCUCGGUGGAAUUGAGGAUAUCAGCGAGGACGAAAUGGACACCCAAUUCCAAACAAACAUCUACGGCACCGUGCGCGUCAUCAAGGCCGUCCUCCCCUUUAUGAGGUCGCAGCGCAGCGGCACAAUCGUCAAUUUCAGCAGCAUCGCCGGGUUCGCAGCGGGUCCGGCGAGCGCUGUGUACUCGAUGUCCAAGUUCGCAGUGGAAGCUCUCUCCGAAUCCCUGCACGCCGCCCUCGCCCCGUUCAAGAUCCGCAUCCUCCUCGUCGAGCCAGGCGCGUUCCGCACAAACUUCAUCGGCGGCCACCAGAUGCCCGCUGCGGGGAUGAACAAGGACUACGAGGGCACGCCGUUAGGCGCGGCGCUGCGGUUCUUCGAAUCCUUUGCUGGGAAGCAGCCCGGGGAUCCGGUCAAGGGGGUCCAGCGGAUAAUGGAUGUUAUUCAGCUGCGUGGGGUGGGGGAGGGGAAGGAGGGCUUGCUGAGGCUGCCGAUUGGGAGCGAUUGUUUUCCUCGCAUGCUGGGGAAGCUGGAUACUUUGAAGGAGGAGUUGGAGGCUAUGAGGGAGGUUGCGAUGAGUACGGAUGUUGAGGAAGAUCAGGCCUGA